GACCCUUGUCCCAUCCCACCACCGCCAGCAUCUCCCACCUCGGGAUCUCCUCCUGAUCCAAAAAUCCUCCACCUCAAUUUCUGCACCCAUACAACCAGCGCCGCUAGCCGAUCUCCUCCUGCCCGAGGCCUCAUCCCCGCCGACGACCAUGACCAGCAGCGGCUCCUCGCGUGCCACUUCUCCUCCCCAAGAAUGCUCCAGCGUCACCACCUCCCGAUGUAGUUGCUUCCCCGAGCUCCCUCACUUGUCGUCCAUGGCGCCCGGGCUCUUCCUCAACCCCGCCAUCUUCAGCCUCGUGUCAUUGGAGUCACCAUUUGCCUCCUCGCCAUGGCCUCCUCUGUCGUCCUUGUUGCGAGUCGCCCGGAUUCAUCGGACCCUUGCUUCGUCCCCGUCGUCGUUUUCCUAGCGAACCAGGAGCUCAAGCCCCACCAUGACCGGCGCCCUCCUUCCCACGUGGCACCGUGCCAGCCACCACCCGCUCCGUCGCCUCACCAUCUCCGCAACAACCUUCCGCGCCUCCUCAUGGUCAUCUGCACGCCCACGGCCGCGCCAUAGCCAUCGCCCCUGCUGCUCCACCCAGGACCUGCAAUCCCCGACGCCCGCUCUCCUUCUCGUCAGAGAACUCGCCGGAGUUCCCAUGGCCAGCGCCAUCGACCAGCGUCACCGCGCCUACUGCCCCCUGCAUCGAACGAGGAGACACAUGACUGCGUUGACCUCUCCCCUCGCCAAGCCGCCUGAGUCGGGCCACUGCCUCCCCUGCUUCUAUGUGCGAUCACGGAGGAUGAGGACGACAGCGCCAAGUCCAAGCCGCCUCGCCCGGUUCCUCCUGCUCGGCAUCGUCCUCACCGCCCGCUGAGGUCAUUGCCUCCUCAGUUCGUCGCGCCGCCUCCAGUUCCGCCGGAUCCGCCGCCUGCGCGACCCCGUUCCCGGAUCCACCUGUUCCUCGGCCUUCCGUAGCUGCGUCAUCGCCCCGCUGGUAGCAAGCUCCUCGUGCACCUUGGCUCGAAGAGGAGAUGCCCUGCUUCCCCUGCAUCGGUCGUGUUGAUCCUGAUUCGAGCCAGCACGUGAACGCUGCGGCCCAGCGCAACAAGCCGCAGCCAGCCCGUCCAGCCGCUGCACCUACUGGGCCGAGCCCAUGGUGAGCGCCCCAGCAGCCUGCAGAUUCGGCCUGAUGCGUGUUUUUUUCCUUUAUUGCAAUUUUAGCAAUUAUCCAGAGACUACCAGUUUUGCAGAAAGACCCAUGUUCUUCAGGCAUUUAAUAACUCAUGAACCGUGCAUCGGAUUAAAAUGUUUUAAACAUGUAAAAUGCUUAGAAUUUCCUGUACUUUCAUAAUUUACAACAUUCAUGCAUGUUUAAAAUGUUUAAGAUGAUGUUUGCAUUUAGUUUGCUAAAUGCCAUGUUAAAAUGAUUUUUUCCAUAACUAAAUAACCGUAGCUUCGAAUUAAAUAAAUUAUAUAUGUAACUUGCUUAGAAAAAUGC